AUGUUGGGUUACAAAUGUCUCCUUUGGAACAAUCUCAGAGAUUUACCGCCAUUAAAGGACCCUGAAACCUUCUCUCUCCCGGCUCCCAUUCCCCAGUGGCCUCCAGGUCAAGGCUUUGGCUCUGGAACAAUCAAUCUCGGCAAAUUAGAAGUCAUCAAAGUCACCAACUUUGAAUUCAUAUGGCGAUACAGAUCCAGAGAGAACAAGAACAAGAGCAUUUCCUUCUACAAACCAAAGGGAUCCUUGCCUGACGACUUCCAUUGCUUAGGCCACUACUGUCAAUCCGAUUCUCAUCCCUUGAGAGGUUAUGUUCUCGCGGCAAGAGAUUUAGUAGACUCAUCAGAACAGGGCCAAAAACCUGCACUUGUGAAACCUGUUGACUUCACACCUGUCUGGAGCUCGAAUGAUUCAGCAGAAUGUAACAAACCCGAAGGUGGCGGUUACUUCUGGUCACCGCAGCCUCCUGAAGGUUAUAGAUCAAUCGGUUUUGUGGUUACAAAGAGUCCCACGAAGCCAGAGUUGAAUGAAGUUAGAUGUGUCAGAGCUGAUCUCACUGAUAACUGUGAAACUCACAGAGUCAUCGUCACUGCUGUCUCGGAAUCUCUAAGCGUUCCUUUGUUCAUAUGGAGGACUCGUCCUUCAGAGCGAGGAAUGUGGGGUAAAGGCGUCUGUGCAGGUACUUUCUUCUGCAGGACUCGUCUUGUUGCCGCUAGAGACGAUCUCAAUAUUGGUAUUGCUUGUCUCAAAAACCUGGAUUCGAGUUUACGCGCAAUGCCAAAUGUCGAUCAGAUUGAAGCUUUGGUUCAACACUAUGGUCCUACGCUAAUCUUCCACCCUGGUGAAACCUACUUGCCUUCUUCUGUCUCGUGGUUCUUCAAGAACGGCGCGGUUCUCUGCGAGAAGGGAAAUCCGAUUUGUGAAGCUAUCGAUGAAAAAGGCUCAAACUUGCCUCAAGGAGGAAGCAACGACAAGCAGUUUUGGAUUGAUUUGCCGUGUGGUGAUGAUGAUCAUCAACAAAGAGAUUUCGUCAAGCGAGGAAACCUCGAAAGCUCGAAACUUUACGUUCACGUUAAGCCUGCUCUUGGAGGAACGUUCACGGAUCUCGUCUUCUGGAGCUUUUGUCCUUUCAAUGGCCCAGCGACCUUAAAGCUAGGACUCGUCGAUCUCUCAUUGAUCAGCAUUGGGCAACACGUCUGUGAUUGGGAACAUUUCACUCUCCGAAUCUGCAAUUUCUCCGGCGAGCUUUACUCAAUCUACUUCUCUCAGCACAGUGGCGGCGAGUGGAUCGAAGCUUACGAUCUGGAAUUCGUUAACGGAAGCAGCAGAGCCGUUGUUUACUCGUCGAAGCAUGGUCACGCGAGCUUUCCCAAGGCUGGGGUUUACUUACAGGGAUCGACAAUGCUCGGGAUUGGGAUAAGGAACGAUACUGCUCGUAGCGAUCUCUUGGUUGAUUCGAGCUCACGGUACGAGAUCGUUGCGGCGGAGUAUCUCGGCGGAAACGGUGUGGCGGUGGUGACGGAGCCGCCGUGGCUACAGUAUAUGAGGGAGUGGGGACCGAAGAUUGUGUACGAUUCGAGGGAGGAGGUUGAGAAGUUGGUGAAUCGAUUUCCGAGGACGGUUAGGGGUUCGAUUGCGACCGUGUUGAGAAAACUUCCGGUGGAAUUGUCCGGAGAAGAAGGUCCGACGGGACCAAAGGAGAAGAAUAACUGGUACGGGGACGAAAGAUGGUGA